AUGUUCGCUAAAUUGUUGGUGAUCUUUGCUCUGGCCGCAGUGGCUCUUGCUCACGACCGCUACCCAGCUGGCCUUCACCCCGCCGUUUGCCCUAACUAUCCAUACUGCGAUGCUGACGCCUUGGCUCGUCACACCCCUGGUGGCCAGCCCAUCCCUCAAUGGCAAUACCCUGCUGCUGCUUAUGCCGCUGCUGCCGCACCAGCUGCGCCGGUAGCCCACAGGUACCCCGCUGACGUAUCACCAGCAAUGUGCCCUAACUAUCCCUACUGCUUUUAA